AUUGUACCUUUAUAUGAUUUACAGCACAUUAUCCAACAAUACCAAUCGCAACCAGAGCUUUUGAAAUUAAUCUUAACAAGUAAAGUAGAAGAAGAUAAACGUAGAGCUGAAGAAGCCAAGCUUCGAGCAAAAGAACUGGACAUUUAUCUACAACAAAUACAACCUCCUAACCAUAAUAGAAUGGCGACAGCGGCAGAUGCUGAAGAUCAUCAGAAGCGUCGUGAAUCAGCUGCGGUUGCCAUGCUGGCCAUGGGCGGAAAUAGAGUGAAGGAAAAU